AUGCCCAAAGAAGAAAUCAAAUUUGCAUGCACUGAAAAUGUUUCACUUUUACGCAACAAGUCCAAUUAUGAAGCUGAUGUGAAAACCAACAAUGUAUCAUUAACUGGCAUCAAAGAAACUUGCUACUUUAAUAAAAUUUCUGAAUUUUUUGUGCUAGACAACACCUCGUUUGAAGUUAUGCAUGACUGUUUAAAAGGAAUAUUUGUGUAUGACUUAGUAGAAAUUUUAAACAAUAUUAUUUCUCUUCCUGAUAUGUCCUUAAAAAUUCUAAAUGAUCGCCUUGAAAACUAUGAUUUUGGACCAAUAGAUAGUGGGAAUAGACCAUUAGCAAUUUAUGCUGAAGAACUCUCUGGUGACAAAUUGAAAAUGACAGCUGCUGAAAUCAUAGUUUUCACGACUCAUUUGGGGCUAAUAAUUGGCGAUAAAGUGCCAGAGGGUGAUCCAUUCUGGGAACUGUACUCAUUUAUGCGACAAAUUAUGGACAUUGUCUUUUCUCCAUCCAUUUCCUUAGAAAGUGUUAAAAAAAUUAGUUCCCUUGUUGAAGGGCAUAAUAGUUUAUAUCUUAUGUUAUCAGGGCAGUCUUUAAAACCCAAGUUUCACAAUUUGUUACAUUAUCAGACCCAUUUUGAAAAAUUUGGUCCUCUUAUUCACCUUUGGGCAAUGCGUUUUGAAGCAAAGCACCGACAAUCUAAAAUGGCAGGGAAUGUGAUCGCAUGUCGCAAGAAUUUAACCUACUCUUUAAGUCUAAAGCAUCAAUUACAGUUUAUGAGUCUUCUUUUGAGUGAUUUUGAGAAACCUUUUGUUGAACUGAGUCCUAAAGCAUUUUGGAUUAAAAAAAAUGACAUAGAAUUACCUGAAAAUGUGUCUUUUGCAGAAACUGUUUCAGAGGAAUUACUCAGCACUGCUUGGGUGAAAUACAAUGGAAUUCCCUAUGCAGAAGGAUCAACUAUUCUUUAUGACACUGAAAAUGAUUUGCCCAAAUUUUUUCACAUUCAGUCAAUUUAUGCAAAUGAGAGUGAUGAUGUUUUGUUUGUUUGCAGAGAUAUAUUGGUCUCAAAAUUUGAUGCUCAUUAUCAUGCUUACAAAAUAGAAUUACUAGAUUCCUCGUCCAUCAUUGAGGCCAAAAAUAUUAAAAUCCAUUCAUAUUGUAAUAUCUCAGUUGUACCCAAUGGACAAAAGUUCAUAACUCUACGACAUAAAUGGUGA